CUCGAACGUCACAGAUGGACCUAACCCUCAGGGUGCUAGACUGACGCCACAACGGCUGACGAACCGACACUUCCACCUUUCUCCUUCUAUAGACCAAACAUUUGCCACUAUCUUCAUCUGUUUCUUUUUGAGGCCUUUGGAAAGUCAUGGAACGGGGCUGCGACCGACAACAAUUCCCACUGUAUCUUAAUAACCUCUAACGGUGCCGGACAGGUCACAUCUCUCACCCGCUCUCGUUCGUAACCGGCGAUAGAGUGAACCUGCCGCCCGACACUUGCCUGCCGGACCUUCCUGGCCGUUCCCCAACAGAUAGCGAGUCGAACUAUCAUUUCGGGCCUGCAACGCUUGUGGGCAUUGCCGACAUCAUGGAUUAUGCGCGCCUCCGCGCAGCCGCGCUGAGCGGUGAAGAUGAGGAAGCAGUUACCGUCGAUACCCGAGCGCUCAUCGACAAGGUUCUGGCACGAUACUCCGGCGAAUGGACGACCCUGAGAGAACUCAUACAGAACGCGGCCGAUGCGCAGGCGACGACAGUCAAGGUCAAGUGGGAAACACUGCCUUCGACGCAGGUCCCGCUCCCCGCAGUUGCCAGCCAGUCCGAACUCCUCAAGCAUACCAUUUCCCACCAUACCUUGAGACGGCUAGUCGUCCAGAACAAUGGCCAGCCGUUUACCAACACUGACUGGAGGAGGCUGAAGAAGAUCGCCGAGGGAAAUCCGGACGAGACGAAGAUCGGCGCAUUCGGCGUUGGCUUCUACAGUGUCUUCGCCGACUGUGAGGAACCCUUCGUCAGCUCCGGCAACGAGGCCAUGGCUUUCUACUGGAAGGGGAACGCGCUGUUCACAAGGAAGGUGACUCUCCCACCGGGCGAGGGGAGCCCGGAUACUACAUUCGUUCUCGACUACAGAAGUACUACAACUCCACUCCCAAACUUGCUAUCUGUGAGCCAGUUCCUUGCUACUAGUUUGACGUUUGUCGCCCUCCAAAACAUCGAGUUCUGGAUAGACGACUGGAAGAUUUUGGCUUUGCAGAAGAAGUCAUCGCCAAGUUUGAGCGUGCCCAUCCCGCAGGACCUAGAGACGAAAACCAAGGACGGCCUCAUGAAGCUCGCCGCCGCCGAUCGGACGAGCACGCAAAUAGACGCAAAGUUCAUGAGCGUCAUUGGGUGGAAACCACAGACCUCAGCAUCGGCCACCAAGUCUAACGAGUCGUACUAUACCUCCGAGCUGCCCUCACUGAAGAACUUCUUCUCCAGGCUGACAUCGAGCUCGUCGCACUCCGGGCAACGGGGCAAGGCCGCAAAGGCAAAGGAAGAGAAGGCGAUUCAGGAGGCAAUAGCAGAAGAUCUCACUGCAACUUCGACUUCUACUAUCUUCCUUCGCGUAAUCUCUGCACAGAUAACCACUCACGUCUCAGCAUCUUUCGCCGCGGAACUGGAGCGUGCGACCAAGAAGUCGCCUCCCAAAAUGACCAAAAUUUCCAUCCUGACUUCAUCAUACGACGAGACAGUCGCCUCGGAGGCGUCCGCAUCCAGCAAGGCUGCUGAAGCUGCCGAUGUAUUCGCCUCUGUUUUGCCUAGCAAGAAGCCCGGCGGACGUAUCUUCAUUGGCUUCCCUACCACGCAGACGACCGGCGCAGGGAUGCACGUCUCUGCGCCGUCCGUCAUCCCCACUGUCGAGCGUGAAGCAAUCGACCUGAACGCCCGCUGGGUUCGCACUUGGAACAUGGAGUUGCUCCGUGCGGUGGGCAUCAUGUCCCGGCUUGCUUUUGCUAAUGAGAUGGGCGACCUGGAUGAUAAACUCAAAAGGAUGUCCGAGUCCAGCAGCAAAAAGGGACCUUCCGUUUCACCGGCGGAUGUGGCGAAAUGCGUCCCCGAAGCAUUGCAUAUCUUGAAGACAUAUACCUUUCAAGACUCGACGCCAAGUGCUCAUGUUUCCCAGAUCAUCGAAGAGGCUUUUUGGACUGCCUAUAAGAUAGCGUCCAUUGAGGUCUUCUCUUCGAGGGGAGUGUUGCCAACGACCAGGGUACGCACCUCGUCUGACGAGGUCGCGAGGUUUGUCAGCGGGAUCCCGGUGAUCCUUAAGGAGAUGAAGGAGGAUCCGUUCGUCGGGAGACUAAUCGACUUCGGUUUGAUCACGGACAUAACGGUUGACGACAUCUGCCAGGAACUUGGGGCCAAGGCGCUCGAUAAGGAUCAGCUUCACCACUUCCUUCAGUGGAUUACGAAAGGUGCUGCCGACAGAGAACUCGACCAUCAAAGCGUCUCGCGACUUUUGGAUGUCACCGUCGCCACAAUAAGUGAUGGAGGUGAUUCAGGCGAAAUAAUUGCCCUGGGGAGUGUCAGAAACUACCUCAAUAAUAAAAUCCCAGCGACACUUCCGAUCCCUCCCACUACCCUGCCAAUUGCGUUUACGGCCAAGAUCCCGGAGGCGCGACUGAAGGCCCUGGGCUGGGAGCCUUUGGAGAUUGUUCCUUGGUUGUCCUUCCUGAUCGAAUCCGGACCUGGAAAGCCGGAUGAGCAGAAUCUCACCAAGUCGGAGAAGUUCGCACAUCAAGUUCUGAUCGUCCUCUCGAAAAACUGGGACAACCUGAGCCCCAGCUCUAAAUCUGCCGUGGUGUCCGCACUUGAAAAUGUCACUGUCAUGCCUACCAAGGCGGGCAUGAGAAAACCGGGCGAAUCGUUCUUCCCGUCUGUCAAGCUGUUCGACGAUUUGCCUACCCUCGAAGGCUGUGCCAAUCUGAAAGAAAAGUUCCUGUCCGCUCUCGGGGUCCGGAAGACUGUCGAUCUCGAAACCAUCUUCACUCGGCUGUUGAGCCCAUCACCGGCUGCUGGGGGUGGCGGCUAUGCGAAAUGGAGUCACGUCGAACUGAUCAAGUACCUCGCUUCGGUAAAGGACGACAUACCAGCUGCAGACAUGAAGAAGCUCAGGGAAUCGCCUCUCUGCCCCGCUGAGGCUGGCCCACGCGGGUUGGAGUCCACGAAAGCCACGGCACGGUUGUACAAGGUGUCUGAGCUCUACGAGCCCAAAGAUACGCUGAGGGCUUUGGGGCUGCCCAUUCUCCAGUGGCCCGGCCCCCCAGGCAGUUUCAGGAACACCAGCGGGGAGGCACGCUUCCUUUACGCCCUCGGGCUGCGCCCGUACCCAUCAGUUCCAGAACUUGUUGACAUGAUGUCUUCGGCCGAUCAAGACCUUCGGAAGGGUGCCAUGGGUUAUUUCAUUGGCAACCAUCACCUUAACGGCUACGCAGCUUACGACCUGUCAUCGACCGACAACUGUAUUCUUCCGAUCGAAGGUGACGAGAAGCAACUUGUCCGGCCAGCUGCUUGCUACACAAACGAGAGAGCGGCCGUCCUUGGAUAUACUAUUCUCAGGCGGGACCUGCAUCAGCAUGCUCCCAAGUUCGGAGUCGCCCGCGAUCCUCCAAUCACGGGAUGCGUAGAGAGACUCAUCGCCAGGCCGCCUCAGGACCGGAGCAUGGCGAUAACUCUCUUUGAGUACUUUACCACUCGGGUGGGAGACCUGGGACACAAUAACCUGGUGAGGUUGAGGGAUGCCCCCAUUGUGCCUGUGUUGAGGCACAAGGAAGGCAGAGCUAGGCUGGACCACAUCCGACCUCCGCAGUGUUACUUGGGAAGUUCGUCGACAUACAAGGACAUUUUUGACUUCGUCGACUUCGGAGCUGAUGCGAACACGUUCCUAUUCAAGUGUGGCGCCAAGAGCGAGCCUACAAAACAUGAGAUCGCCGUGCUCGCUUGCAACGAGCCGGCGCGGUUGCUGAGUACGCUGCAGAGUCCGGAGAAGUAUAUCAACCUUCUCAAGUCGAUUUCUGAAGACCUGUCGACCCUUAAGAGGGAUAAGGACCUUUUCAAAAAGAUGAAGACCUCACCAUGGCUGCUUGCGUCUCGCGAGCUGUCCGCUGGAAAGAGUAAGGAAUCUGAACUGGAUGAGGAGGAUGAGGCGCCGAUCAAGCAUUAUCAGCUUGCAAAGGCCGAGGACAUUGUCGUUCUCGAUGAUUACAUCAGCUACCGACUAUUCAAGGAAGCGCUGUUAUGCGCUCCGGAGGAUGACCAGCUCGAGAGUUUCUACGUGACCCUUGGAUCUUCGCCGUUGGGCAGUAUCGUGAGGGAGAAUCUUCGGGUAGGACCACAAACAGCAAAACAGACCGGCGCUGAGUGGCUUCGGAAGCAUGUGCUCGAGCGCUCGAAGCUCUUCCUGCACGAGUACUCCAGGGACAAGCGGGACGCGAUCAAGCACGACACCCGAUGGCUCGAGAAGAACCUGCAAGUGGUGUCAGUCACAUCGUUGAGCCUGCGACGAUCGCUUCAUGGUCACGCUAAGACACACCACGAGAAACGGUCCGCGGCGAUGGCCGCCGGCGGAUGUACACUGUAUGUCGCAGCCGAGGAUAGCAAGCCCGACAUGUAUCAAGUCGGACAAGCCAUCUGUCAGCUCCUCCUGAACCGGCCCAACCAGCAAGCCUACUUCUUCUUUGAGCCCUUCCUCAAACUCGGCCUGCUGGACCUGCGCGCGCGCGGGUACAACGUCGACCGGAUUCUGCGGGCCAAGGCAGCGGAGGCGCGGCUUGUCGAAGAGGAACGGCGCAAGGCGCUGGAGGCGGAGCAACAGAAGAUCCGAGAGCGCGAGAAGGAAUGGGCGGCUCAGACCGGCGCGGCGGACGUGAAGACCCCAGAACGUGACCGUCGUCGUAUGCCGGGCGGCUUCGACGAUUCCCCCGAGACCGAUACCCUGCCAACGCAACUGCACCCGACCCCGCCUAGAAGGGGCGGUGGUGGCUUUUUCUCAACUAUCUCUCGCCGCCUCGGCUUCGACACAGAUGAGGACCCCUUUCCUCCGUCGUCCAACCCACCGCAGUCCAUACUCGACAGAUUCCUCCCCGCCCCGCCCGCAGAACAAAUCAAAGCCGGCGCCAGUUCAUCCUCCGGCGGCAAGCCCGCCGACGACGGCCGGGUCACGUCGCCAGCGACAGUCCACCAGAACCUCCUCAACGCCAUCAAAUCCACACGCCCGCACGACUCUUCCACGCUUUUCUCUCCUCCGAAGCAAACCGAAGUCAAAGAGCAAGCCACUUACUGCGACUCCACCCCAGCGCAAAACAUCGUCUUCGCCGCGGAAGCGCCGCACGGGAUGCAUGUGUUCCUAGCUAAGGACUUGGCGGCCGAUCAUGGGUCAUUUGUAGCGGCGCACUCGCGGGCCAUCGCGGCGUUUGAGAAUACAUUGAGGGAUGUGAGUGAGGUAUAUUCCCUGGGAAUCAGGGCGCUACAUAUCUUCUAUGACGACAGGGGCGGGACCGUCGCGUUCAACAGCGGAGGCAGUGUGUUUUGCAACCUGCGUUUCUUUGAGCAGUUGCAUCUGCCAACGGAGACGACGCAGAAACGAGUCGAUGCGAUGGUCUGGUGGUGGGUUGUAAUCGCGCAUGAGCUGGCGCAUAACUUGGUUGGGCUGCACGGCUCCGAUCAUAGUUAUUACACCGAGUCCUUUAUCCAGCAGUACUUUCCCGUUAUGAUGAACAAGGCUUUGGCGUGGCUGACGCCCACUGGCUCUGCGACUGCGACUGCAUCUGCGACGGGCCCUGCUCCCACACCGGGCGGCAGUGGCCCCAGUGCUCGAGCGCAUGAGGUGCCGCCACCACCGUAUAGCUUGUGACGAGCCUGGGUAGUUUUUGGUAGACCUGUGGGUAGACGUGUUGGUUUAGAGGUGUUGGAUGAGAAAGGGGGUGGGUAGUCUCAGGGGCUUAUGUCGGUUCUGCAUUUCUUUCUCUCCAUGUUUAUGCCUGCCCGUCGGCUUUUCCUUAUCAUUCUAGAGGCAGGACGAUAGAGCGAUGCAGGGAGUAUUGACUAUGGCAUUACACGGGGGUGGCAGGGAGACGGGUGGUUAGACCAGGUGUUGUAUGUGCUGUUGGAGUAACGGUUCAUAAUAUUACAAGGACACCAGUCGUGUGUAACAAUGGUCUGAGAGGUGCUUCCUGUGUACCUAGAUAGUACUUAUGUUUAUUGCAACCCCUACCUUCUGCUGCCCCGGAAACUCGGGCUGUUCCUUACGCGGUAUGAAAUAUGCCGCAUGGUCGAAGGCGGCAGGCAGCUUAUUCAGAUCAUCAUCGAC